GUAAUCGGAUGGAAUUAACAACAAUAAACACCGGCAAUCAGAGUGAAAUGAUUCCCUAAUUGGACUUUGCUAUUCAUUCUACCCAGAACAUUUCCAUCAAGAUGUCGUACCAAGGAUUCCAGCAACUUCUUGUGGAGCAGCAGGGCAAGCUGCUCGUCGUGAAAUUCAACAACCCGAAAAAGAAAAACUGCAUCAACAGGUUCACCUACCAGGAGAUGACCCGGGUCUUGACCGAGGUGAACGACGAUGAGGGAGUCAACCUGGUUGUUUUCACAGGCGUCGGCGACAUCUUCACGGCCGGAAAUGACUUGUCCCAGUCUUCCCAGAGCGACGAUAUCGACGCCUACUUCAAGCAAUCCAAUGCUACCUUUAAGGCUAUGGUUCUGAGUUUUGUGAACUGUAAGAAGAUAGUAUUUUCCCUGGUAAACGGUCCAGCAAUCGGAAUCGGAGCCACCAUUGUGGGGCUGUGCGAUGUGGCCUGGUGCUCCGAAACGGCCUACUUCUACACCCCAUUUACCAAAUUGGGUCUAGUGCCAGAAGGUGGUUCCUCCUACAUGCUGCCCUUGAUCUUGGGUCGCUCCAAAGCAUCGGAAACUCUCCUUCUCAACGAACCUCUGAGCGCCCAGGAGGCCUAUCAGUUCAACUUUGUUUCACGCAUCUUCAAGACCUCCGAAUUGGAUACGGUGAUUUGGCCCAAACUGCGUCAGUAUUCCGAGUUGCCCACCAACUCCCUUUUGCAAGGAAAACGCCUCAUCAAGGAGGGAUUCGUGGAGAAUCUCAUCAAAGCCAACGAAUCGGAGUGCAAGCAACUACUCAAACAGUUCCAGCAUCCGGAAUUUUUCCAGGCCAUCAUGGACUUUGCCAGCCGUAAGGCCAAGGCCAAGUUGUAGAUGAUUUUAAGGUUCCAUUAUUAUCUCAACCACGCCUCAGUGGUUAAAAUUAAGCUGGCCUAUUUUUAAACACAAAAGCUUUGUACAUAUGUUUAUAAUUAUGAAAAAAGAUUAGUUGAUUUCAUUUGAUUUUAUAAAACAUACAUCAAUUCAAA